AUGGAAGAUCCAACUGCCAUGGAGACGGAAUCCCACCAUGCCCCAGACCGCGAAUUUACACAUUCGCCAUGGGUGGAACUGGGCACUUUCACUUCCCCUCAACACUCACCGCCGAUGCCCGAAUACAGUGGCUUUGACUAUGGCCACUCGACAAUGAUGGGUGUUGAUGCGUACGGCAUGUCAAUACCGCCACCUUAUGCUUCGCUGCCGCUACCCUUGCCCUCGCAUCACUGGCCCAGCAUGAUGACUCCGCCGACACCUUUCCAAGAAAACGGCUUACCUCCGGUCCCGGCUCCAACUUCUGUUUCCCCCUCGGCUCCCGCGCCUCCGGGUCGCAAGUCCUCAACGAGUAGUACAACGCCGCGCAAGACCCUCACCGACGAUGAUCGUCGCCGAAUGUGCAUAUAUCACGAGCAAAACAAAACCGCCAAACAAACUGAUAUUGGAGUACUGUAUCUAAGGUCUUGCGGCAGAAGGAAAAGUAUCUCAGCCUCGAUGAUGGUCAUCGCUCACCUAUCAAGCGAGCCAAAGGGUAGAAUCCCUGAUAUUGAGAAAGCCCUAUCCAACUGGGCCAGGAACUACCAGCGCCAGGGGUUCUCUUUAAACGACGAAAUGAUCAAAGAAAAAGCCCACUUCUUCGCCGUCACUUGUGGAUGUCCAGAAGGCAAGGAAAGGGUGAUCACCAAAGCCUGGCUGGAUAAAUUCAAGCAAAAGAACAGCCUGAUGGGUGCGAAGGCUCGAAAGGGAGCCCGCAGCGGCUCCAACAGUCCGAUUCGUAUCAAUACCGACUCAACGAGCGAGUCCCCCCUUAACAGUCCUACCGGUCAUUCUCCGUUGUCUGCAAUCGGGUUUGGAUCGCCCCUGUCGCCAACCCAUAGCCUGGAUGGCGUGAAACAGGAGCCGAUCGACGGAUUGCCUGAGCUGUCUGGUGGCUAUCAACAUGGCCACUCCCAAAGUACCACCUCAUUGGACACAACCUCUACAGGAAUGACCAGCCCAUCCUCGACAUUGGUUUCCGACAGCCCUUUUACUCCAACAAGCCAGUCCCGCCUUCUAUCGUCGACCGGGAUCCAGUCCCGACCACGCAGCCAGACAUUUCCCCUCGCCCCCAUCGAUCCAACCCUGUUGACAGCAGACGAAUCCAUGGACCACAAAUGCACCAAAUCCGACUCCCAGCAACAGCUUUCGGUGGCUAUUCUCGAAUCACCAUUGGAGCUAGGAGACGAAGAAGGCCAGGCCACCGUUAAGGGUGUCAAUCCUAGCAAGAUAGUCAAGCGCAACCGCAGCAACCCAGAGAUCAAGACCAACGCACCUGGCUCGCCAACCCAAGAUGAAGCGCGACAAGCCUUGGAACUUGUUAUGAAUUAUUUCCAGCAUCAACCAGCCGGUCUUCAGGCACAGGAAUAUGUCACUAUCGGCAAGCUCAUGGAGCGUCUUGAGCUGGCUAAGACUCAGCACAACCCCCUCAUUGGUGGACUGACCAGAAUCGACGAACAUGAAGAUUCUCCUCGCCUCACCAAGAAGCGGAGUAUCCACAAUCUCGCUUGA